AUGAAAGUAUUCUUCAUUCUUGCACUCAUGCUCACUUUGUUCUCUGUGAGUCUCUGCGAAACGAAGAAAAUGUGCAGGAUGUGCAAGCUUGGUGUGGAGGGGGCAGGACUGGAACUGCUAUUUAAAGAGCCGGAAGUGUUGAAGAAGGAUUUGAAGAAUGGAGUAUGCAAAACAAUGGCCGAGCUCAAGCCUAUCUGCGCUGAUAUGGACUCGAUUCUGAAGCAAAUGAAGGGUGGUGCAUCCUCCGAAACUAUCUGCAAACAAUAUAAGUUUUGCUGA